UUCUUCACAAAAUUCUCCAUUCUUUCCCUUUUUUUCUCAUGUCCAAUUUCUUUUUUAUUGCUUUCAAAAAUUUCCUCUUCUUUUUCUUAAAGAACUACAGUUCGUAACUCCCAAAUACAAACAAUAAACUGACGCUUCGCAGAAGCCAGUCCCAAUUAAGCACUUAAUGCAACACUAUUUAUGUUCAAAAUAAGUCCUUUUGUUUUGGCUUUCUAGAAGUGCUUAUGCGCGCAAACGUCAGCGCAACCCCCGCCUCUGUUAUCUGUAAAACAGGGGGCAUUAACAAAGCGCGUUUUUGAACGAAGAAAUCUAGAAAAGGGAAGGUGUACUAAAUUAAUUAACGAGAGACGCCGAGAAGACGUUAAUGCCCCCACUGAGUAUUAGCAACGCUACCUUCUUUGCUACUGCUUCACUGUUGUCAUCCGCCACGCUUGCCUUUCUUGAACCGGUCUUCAGUCUACGCUUCCCUCUCCUCCGAUCUUUUUCUGGUCACAAUCUCAGUCUCUUCUCCUUCGAUACGCUUUUCUUCGCAGAGAAAAGAAAUGUCUUAGACAACCCUUUUCAAUUCAUCAAAAAACAGAGUCAAUAGCAUAAACAUUGGAGAACGAGGGAGGGAGGGAGAGAGAGUGGCUAAUUUGAGGAGAAGGGAUGGUUGGAUGGAUUCAUUUUACGGUGGCGGCGGUAUGUGUCGGAGUUCUUGUUGCCCUUCUGACUUUGUUUAUCCGGCGAUGCUGUUGGAAAAAGCACAGAGGAAUCGCAGAUGCGAACAGGACUGGAGCAGAGAGCUUGGAAGUGGGUAUAGCGAAGCUUCAACAACACGCGAGUCUUCGACACCAACUUGAUCCAGAGAACAAGAGGAGAGCGAAUUAUUACGUUUUCCGACGCGGGGUUUCGGGGAAACCUCCUCUGUUCAAUUGGGCAGAUUACCCCUCUCUGGUCACCGACGCCGUCGAGCAUGGAUGGUCUCAAUUCGCUUUCACUGGCUAUUCGUCAUCGUCUUCGUCCGCCCGAUCGACGCUGUUGGGUUUGUGCGUUGCCGGUGAUCCCGGAAGAGAUUCGGAGGCGGAGUUAGGGUGGGAAAUCUGUCCGGGAUCGGCAGAUUUCAUGCAGAAGGUCGGAUUGAAAAGGGUCAACACAAUCAAUCAUUCUACGGCUCCUGUGUCUGUAGUCAGAACGGCUUUGCCUUUGCCGGGUCCUCCCUUGGGGAAUUCCGCCUUCCCUCAAGAAGCUUAUUUUGAAAUUACGGUCUUGUCUCGUGGAGAGAACGAUCAGGAGGCAAGAAAUAGUUCUGCAGAAGGGGAGAGGACGAAGCUAAUCCAGGAGAAUUCCAAAGUUAAUUCGGAAUCUUUAGUUCAUUUUUCCGGUAGUCAUGGCGAAAAGCAGCUAGAAGAAUUGAGGAUUAGUAAUGUGGAAGACAGCGCGAGUGAGGUUGUGCAGCUUUCGUUGGGGCUAACAGGGGGAGGUUUUCUUCCUUUGAAACUUCCCGGCACCUACCCAGGAUCCAUUGGAUUUAACUCCAAUGGUUGUGUCUUCCUUGACGGAGUUAAACUUGUGCUAGAAUCAGAAAAGGCAGAAUGGGGGCAGAGAGACAAGGUGAUAGGUUGUGGGUUCAAUCCAAGCCAGAAAAAGGUGUUCUUCACUGUGGAUUCAGAAGUGGUAAGAGUAAUCCAUUGCAAGUCUGAGGAAUUUGGUGCUCCUCUUUAUCCAACUCUUGCAUCAAAUACCGACAUUACGGUUCUGGUUAAUUUUGGGCAAAGCAGCUUCAAAUACGCUCAAGCAAAUGCGCACCGGACACCGAACCCCUGCUUCAUUGGCCCUCUUGUGAAUUCCCCUGCUGCUGCUGCUGCUCUGGGCUAUGAAGACAGCAAAGAGCUUUUCUCCAUGGGAAGAAUCGACUCGCAGUGGCUCAAUCGAUCUACAACCAAAACUAGUCUCAGUAAUAGCAAUAAGAACAACAAAGGAGCGGAUUAUGACCAGGAGUCUGAUACUGAGUUAUUUGAAAUAGUGUUAGACAGCCGUGGGCAAUCCCCCAACACAAUAUCGUAGAAUCGGCGAAAAAUUUAAUUAUCGGCAAGUACAAAUCACAUAAGCUGUCUUGGUUUAUUUUUGGCGUGUUUAUGCGAGGACAUAGAUUUGCCGGAGUUCACAAGUGAAGUUUGGAGAUACAUCACAAGACCAACUUGAUGGAGCUAAGAUUGCUCGUCAGUCAUCAAUGUCAUAUACAAACCCUCUGCAGUGUGCAGCAUUGAGGGGAUCACCAAAACUUAUGAACGUAAACUUCGAUUUUCUAAGGAAUACAGGAAAGGCUUUUGAAUAGUUACUCUUUCUAACUAAAUAUUUCAUCUAAUUUUGCCAGUCUUGAAAAAAUUUCUUAUCUUUGUAUAUACAAUGAUGGGAACAUGUUAAUUUGUGUUUUCAUCUUGAUAUUUUAAUUAUUUGAUAUCUCA